CAGUAGUGUCGCCUCCACACGCUUGUUAUGUCUGAUAUGAUGAAGCUGACGGUAUAAAAAUCAUCGCUCUCUACACCAUUGCGAAAGGAAUCUUUGAUAGUAAAAGUGGACCAAGAGGGACGAGUUAUAAAACCACACUUAUCAUGAGGUGCUGGACGGUAACCGCGUUCCCACCAUGAACUGGUACCCCUUAGCGUUAGUUGCUUUGUAUUACUGUCUGGUACCCGGACUAAUCUUCAUGAGUUUCUUGCCGGUCGGCUACGGAUACUUUGGACUUACGACGCCCAGAAGGCUUCUCGUUGGUAACCUACCACCUGACUGCAAAAGCCCUUAUCUUACCAAGCGACAAAAGAAGAUGUGUAGCAGGGACUCUGGGAUGCCUACCGUCUUAAGGCAAGCCCUGGAUCUUAGCAUCUUCGAAUGUCAAGACAGGUUUCGGAAUGAGAGAUGGAAUUGCAGCGUGCAUAAUACGGCACACAGAGUCAAUCUACUCAAAAAAGGGAUGAGGGAGACGGCAUUUCUGUACGCCAUCUCAUCAGCUGGUUUAACCUACUCCGUAGCCAAGGCCUGUAGUCAAGGUAACAUGGAGAGAUGUUCAUGCGACACAAGCUACUAUUCUGAAGAAACCAAUAGAGAUACUUGGAAAUGGGGAGGAUGUGGAGACAAUCUUAAAUAUAGUCAGAAGUUUGUGGAGAGAUUUCUCAUGCCUAAGAAGGGAGAUCUACCUCGAAGUAGAGACGUCAGGGCAAAGAUUGACAGACAUAAUACGAAUCUAGGAAUUAGGGUUGUUGAGGAGAGCGCAAGAAAGGUUUGCAAGUGUCAUGGCGUUUCUGGAUCGUGUACAUCCGAGACAUGUUGGCAUCAAUUGAACCGUCUUCAAGAGACGGGGAAACUUUUAAAAGCUAUAUACGAUAGAGCCGUUAUGGUCGAACUUGCUAAUACUGCACAUGGUGCUAACGAACUGGUACGACACGUCAAACGAAGACGGAAACCCCCUAAGCGGACACCAGCCACUCCUCUGACUAACUCCCCCGUUGUUUCACGCUCAGGCCCCGGUAAGCACGACCUGGUCUACAUCGAUCGGUCGCCGGACUUUUGCGAGGCUAGUCCGUACACGAUGGGCACAAGGGGCAGACAGUGUGAUAAGGAUUGGAACUGUGGUAGCAUUUGCUGUGGUAGGGGUUAUAACAUACGCAGUGUACUAGUUACCAAGAGAUGUGAGUGUAGAUUCCAAUGGUGUUGUGAAGUCAUCUGUAAGGAAUGUAUCGCAAGAGAAGAACUUCAUUUGUGUAAAUAACUGCACAUUACA